GGAGCCUGUGCGCCUGCGCUGACCGUCUGGCUCGAGUGGACGGGGGAUCGCGGCGGUGCCUCGGCGGAUCUGCGGCGACCCGACGGCGGCAUGGGCAAGGAGCAGGAGCUGCUCGAAGCGGCGAGGACCGGCAAUGUGGCCGUGGUGGAAAAGCUGCUGAGCGGCAAGCAUCGGUUGUCGGCAGGCGGCAGUGGCGGAACCGUGUCCCUUCCUCAGCUUUCCAACCUUCUCAGUAUUUGGAGAGGGCCAAAUGUCAAUUGUGUGGAUUGCUCAGGAUAUACUCCACUACACCAUGCUGCUCUAAAUGGACAAAAGGAAGUUGUUGAAAUGCUGCUGAAGAAUGAUGCCUCCACUAACAUUGCAGAUAAUAAAGGAUGCUAUCCACUUCACUUGGCCGCUUGGAAAGGGGAUGCACAGAUAGUGAGACUACUUAUUCAUCAAGGACCAUCUCAUGCAAAAGUUAAUGAACAGAAUGCAAUUGAGUGCAAAGACCUCAAAAAGUAUGGCCCUUUUGAUCCUUAUAUCAAUGCAAAGAAUAAUGACAAUGAGACAGCUUUGCACUGUGCAGCACAGUAUGGUCACUCAGAUGUUGUAAAAGUUCUUCUUGAGGAACUCACAGAUCCCACGAUGAGAAACAACAAGUUUGAAACUCCGCUGGACCUGGCUGCAUUGUAUGGGAGGUUGGAGGUAGUGAAAAUGUUGCUAAUUGCACACCCAAAUCUACUGAGCUGUAACACCAAGAAGCACACACCACUUCACCUGGCAGCAAGAAAUGGGCAAAGAGCAGUUGUGCAAGUCCUUCUCGAAGCAGGAAUGGACAUUAACUAUCAGACAGAGAAGGGUAGUGCACUUCAUGAAGCUGCGUUAUUUGGAAAGACAGAUGUGGUCCAGAUACUUUUAGCUUCUGAAAUUGAUGUUCAUAUUAAAGAUGUGCGUGGGAAGACAGCAUUGGAAAUUGUGAAGGAACAUCCAGCUCAGAAGAGUAAGGAGAUAGCAACUCUUAUUCAAGAUCAUAUAGCAGGAAAAAAGAUCCCAAAGUACACAGAAAAUACUGUUCCAGUGUCUAAAACACACCCAGUUUCCAUUCCUGAGCCUGGUAAUCAACAAUCAGAUGGUGAGGAACAGUUGGAAUUAUGCAAGCUUAUUACAGAAUUUGAAGCCCCGCAAGAGGAGGAAUGCCCAUACGAGGCCUUGUGCAAUGCAACAUCACACUCCAUUGAAGGGCUGGACAGUUUGAAAGCUCCAGAUGUGGAAACAAGUUCAGGUCAAGAAUUAAUAAAGGAUUUGGAAGUGAAGGAAACACAAGAAGAGCCUGAAGAGGAUGAGAAUCCCUAUGAAUUUUUACUAACUGCAGAAACAAAGAAAUUAACCCAUUUGGACGACUCCCAAUAUAAAGCAGAGAAUACAGAUGUGACAGCUGGCUCUGCUUCUGUAUCCUCUGAUGUGACAACAAAGCCUGGUCGAAUCUUCACCUCUCCUCAGGAUACAGCUUUGCUUGCACCCGAUGUUAACCAUUCAUUCAAGAGUCGAGAGACCAGCCUCCUAUCUGACCCAUGUCACAGUAAACCAAACCUAGCACUCAAUCUUAAACCUCCAUCUGUGAUUGUUGCCCCAGGUCACAUGAAAAGUGAGAUUGAAUCUCAAGACGUCAACAUUCCUGAACAGUUUUCGGGUCUUCUGCAUGGAUCACCUCCAGUCUGCGAGAUUCAGGAGGAUCCAGUCACACUGCUAGCUGCUCUGAGCAAAGGGGGAGUGGAAACUGAAGCGAUGCAAAACAGUGAGUUGCCAGAGAGUCAACAUUGUGCAACAGUGCAAGCUGAGAACACUGGCAUCAAGAACUCUGCUGCUGCUGACACUGUUGAACCAAAAGGGCAGCAGGUAAUCUACAGUAACCUUCGUACCGUCAUCAACCAGACGGAACCAGACAUUUUAAUAAGCUCCAGACUUGUCCAACAUAAAGACAUUUUAUUCGGCAAGGGAGUAGAAAAACAGACAUGUACUUUGGGAAGAGUGCGGUUGAGUGGAAAGGAUAAAGUGGACCUUAAAUUAGCAAGAAGUUUGUCAAAAUCAGAUUCAGACCUCAUUACCCGUACUCCAUCUGAGGAGGAUAUGCUGGGAAGUCGCAGUGAGUCUCUUUCGAACUGCAGUUCAGUGAAGAAGCAAUUGGAAAAAUCGCCAUCCUUUCAGUCAGAAUGGGAGGAGGAAAGCGUUGCAGUUCCCCAGUUGCUAAUGCAUGCAAAACAACAAAUUGAAACAUAUUGCGAGCAGAAGCCACUGUAUCCAAUACCUAAUCUUCGCAGAACUAAGUCUUUGUACAGUAUUGAAAAGAUAAUGACUUCCAUUGGUGCAGGGAUUGACAGUGACUUCAGAAAAGAAUGGCACAGUGUUUCAGGUUCACGGAUAUUGGAGCAGAGUGUUGGGCAAUGGCUUGAGUCCAUUGGAAUGACACAGUAUGAAAGCAAGCUGGUACUGAAUGGAUUUGAUGAUGUGCACUUUAUGGGCUCAAACAUAAUGGAAGAGCACGAUUUAAGAGAAAUUGGAAUUCAUGAAGCAGGACAUCGACGAAAAAUUCUUCAAGCUGCACGUUCUCUUCCAAAGAUUAAACCAUUUGGUUUUGAUGGAAAUAGCAAUACUUCGCUUGUAGGAUGGUUGGAAUCACUUGGCCUACAGAGUUACCAUCAGACCUUUCUGUCCAGUGGGUAUAAUUCAAUGGAUUGUGUGAAAAAUCUCUGGGAACCAGAAAUUAUAAAUGUUCUGAAAAUAACCUUACUAGGUCAUCGAAAACGAAUCUUAGCCUCUCUAGGUGAACGGCCCAAUGAAGAACCACCUCAGAAGCCACCAAGAGCUUCCCAACUGAAGGAAGAUCGGCGGGAGUCUCGAAUAACACUUCGCCCGCCUAGUUUAGCCACGCCAUAUGCUCCUGUUCAGAAUUGGCAGCACCAGCCAGAGAAGCUUAUUUUUGAGUCCUGUGGCUAUGAAGCUAAUUAUUUGGGUUCCAUGCUGAUUAAAGACCUAAAAGGGACUGAAUCAACCCAGGAUGCAUGUGCAAAGAUGAGGAAAUCUACUGAACAAAUGAAAAAAAUACCAACUAUUUUCCUCUCCAUCACUUACAAAGGCGUAAAAUUCAUUGACGCAUUUAACAAGAAUAUUAUUGCUGAGCAUGAAAUUCGCAAUAUUUCCUGUGCUGCUCAGGAUCCUGAAGACCUUUGUACAUUUGCCUACAUCACGAAAGAUCUACAAACAAAUCAUCAUUAUUGCCACGUUUUCAGCACACUUGAUGUAAAUUUAACAUAUGAAAUAAUCCUUACACUAGGACAGGCAUUUGAAGUAGCCUACCAACUUGCACUGCAGGCCCAGAAACCACCUCAGAUAUCUCUUGCCACAGCUGAAGCAGAGUCCACGGAAGUGAGGACAUCCAAGCCAGUCCCCAAACCACGGUCCGGCAUGAGAAAAUCUGCUGUGCAGCCACUUAAUAGCAGAUGCUGUUACUGUCACACGUGCACUACUCACAGGCCUUCGCUUGCACCUCUACCGCUGCAUUCGUUCAGCCAAGGAGUCCAGAUUGACAACUUUGAUCAAGAUUCUCAAUCACAUGGUGCUGUGCAAUGGAUAGCUGACUCCAAGCAGGACUCCAAGAGGACAAUCAGUACAAACUGAAAGCCUGUGGUGAGUGUAUGUUUACUGGAAAUGUGGCAAUGGGUGACAGAUCAUCAUGAGGGAAAAUUAAAGCCAUCUGAGAAAUGACAACACACACCCAGCAGAACAUGGAACUGAAGUUGACCGGUGUGGCAGUGACUUCCAGAUUCAAUAUAAUAGCACAACAUAGGAGAAGCGAUUUUAAAACUUCCUUCACAAGUGCUUCAAUGCCAUCAAGAGAUUUAACUAUUUAGCCAAAGAAGAUUCAUUGCCAACAACACCAAAUUGCCCUUUGCAGCAAAGAUCAGUUGGAGCAAUCAUCUUCGAUAUGGUUUACCCUGGCUUAUUUUCUCUAUCAGUAAACAGAAAUGUCUAUUGUCCCCAGCGCCUUAGUACAUAAACUGUGAGGAACAGGGUUUUAGUUUUUUAUGUUGAAAAUACUUUCAUUAAAUCAUAUUUUUAAUUGUCCUUUAUUUCCUCCAACCCAUCACUGUUGUACAAAGCAAAUCUGAUUAAGAUCACUGGAUUGUACAGUUCUAACCUAAAGCAAUUGAACAUGUUAAAGAGCAAGUACAGCAUUAACUUCUUCAUGAACUUAUAUUAUGAAAGAUUAAUAAUUUUAAUGGCAGGCAUCUCAAAAUAUUUUGCUGUGUUCAAAUCAUAUCUGACCUAGCAUUGCUAAUCAUUUGCAGAUGGGAGAAGAUAUUUGAUCAAAAUCUUGGUAUCAUAAAGUAUGGUGGCUUUUGCUUCAGUAGUAUUGUUGUACUUAAACUAUGAACCUGCACUUGAAUGAAGCAAAAAGGUAUCAGGAAAUAUGGUUAUGCUUUAAAUUUACUGGAAUUAAUUUCAAGCAGUGCUUCUGUCCCAAAGCAAAAUUGUGUCCUUAUCAGCCUCCGCAAAAUUAAUUUGUAUUUUUUUUUACAAAAUACCACUUUCAUGUCCAUUUUCUGGAGUUCAGUGUGUUUAAGAUGUUAGGUCAUGAACUAUAAAGGAGACAUUGGAGCUGAGAUUCUUCGUGGUAUAUGAAAAACUGUCAGUGUUUCAUUUUUACAGGACUGCAAUAACAAGGAGAGUGAAAUAUUCAAAAGCAUGAUUGUGGGAAUUAAAUAUUACCAAUUUUACAAACGGUUUAGCAUGAAGAUGUUGGUUUCUUUGAUUCAUAUGAUAUAAUACUGACCCAAUCCUAUGAAGAGUUAUUGUGGAGAAAAUUAAAAAUUGUAUAAGACCCCUUCGUGCAGUGAUUCAACAGUUACAAAUUUGUACUUAGAUUGAACUUUAAUAUGUUAUCCCUGGCUUUUGCUUGUUUUCACCUUUGGAUUGUAAUUAUUAUUUUUAAAUCAUUGGUUUCCUUUUGGAGAAAUUUGCCAUUACUUAAACUCCAAAAACCAAAAGAAUAAAUUCAGCUGCUUCUGUGACUGAGGUCAAAGUAACCCUGAUUUUAUAAUUAAAUUUCUGAAGAUGGCAGGUUACUGCCAUUUUGUCACCUGCUUCCUCAGUGGUGGGACAUUGCAACAUUCUGUGCAGUAGCUUAUUUUGGCCAUGUCUCUCUAAGCAGUGCUGACCUUGAGCAGCUGGCAGCCCUGAAUUUUGUAAUCAGCAGGCAGUAGUUAAAGAUUUAACAGAUGUGGUGUAAUUAUAAAAUUGGGAUUGUUGGAUAAUUAUUCCAAUAAGCAGUUAUUAAUUCAUGCUGUGCAGGACAUUAAUGCCAUAAAAUGGCUUUUGAAUCAAAGGAGUUGGCUGGUAAAGAGGAUUUUUUAAAAUAUUCAAAUUAUGUACAGACAUCUAAGCAGCAGUAUUGUUACCCAAACUUGUCUGCAUAAAUAAUUUGAUAGUUGCUCAGAACUCAUUCAUUAAUAAUGAAUCACCUCUUUUGUAGAGAUUUUUAAUAGAUGUCUUGAUUGUUUUGAUGAACAGUAAUAAUCCCAGUAAAAGUGCACUAAUGGGCAAGGAACAUAGCUGCUUCACUAAUUUGAGUCUCAGUUUGACUAUUGUAAAAUUGUUUAAAAAUUUAUUUCUACUCUUGGUCAAGGGCUGUGAAUGCUGUGUAGACACUAAGCAGGGCUUACUAGUGUAUAUCUUGUUCUGAACUUUAGAUAUUUCUGAUGGUUAGUAUUGGAUCUAUAUGUAUUGAUGGGUGUUUAUUAAUUUUCUAGUUCUAUAUUGCAGUACUUGAACAACAUAUAUUUCUAUGUGUACAUAACUGUAGAUUCAUAAGCAAGUAUUGCAACUAGACACAUCAUGGUACCAAACACUAGGACUAUUGUGCAAAAACUAGACUGACCUCAUAACAAUAAGAGUUUGUAAAUUUACCUGGGCUUCCAGUCUGUUUUUGGGUUUUUUUUGCCUUUAUUUGUACAAUUGGAAAUGAUCAAUAAACAGAACCUGAUUAACA